CUUAAAUUGGUUAUAUAUUUUAAUGUGAAAAAUCUAAUCCAUCUUAUUCAAACUCAAUUCCUGCAAUUCUACUGAAUACAUUUAAACACCCUGCAUCUUGUUUUAUUAAUACUUGUAAAAUAAUUUAUCAACUACAGAUCUGAUCUACAACCAUGGUAUCAAAACAAAUCAUUGCGCUUUUAUUACUUCUCACCCUGACCUUGACCUAUGGAAAAGGGUACAACACUCGCCGAUGGAAAACCAACCAGGGGAGUAAUUCAGAUGAAAAUGACUCGGAUGGAAAUGACUCAGACAGCAAAGAAGGUGGAAUAAAACGUGGGCCACGAGGGCCACGUGGGCCGCAGGGUCCCCCAGGUCCACCAGGACCAGCUGGAAGGCCAGGGGUCGGAUUGCCAGGAGCCCCUGGUAAACCUGGACCACGAGGACCAGAGGGACAAUCAACUUCAGGAAAACCAGGCAGUCCAGGAGCCCCAGGAAAACCAGGUGCAAGUGGAUCCCCUGGAGAGAAAGGUGAUAGGGGGUCUCCUGGAAAACAAGGAGAAAAAGGCAGUCCAGGGCCAAGAGGGCCUUCUGGGGCUCCUGGAUUGUCAACUCCAGGUAAGCCAGGUCCCCAAGGAGCACCAGGUCGUCCGGGCGCACCAGGAUCACCUGGAGAGAAAGGAAAGCCAGGGAGUCCAGGUCAUCCAGGGCCAAAAGGAGAAAAGGGAUCAGGAGCCCCAGGACACCCAGGAGAUAAAGGUGCCACAGGAGCAAGAGGACCUCCAGGUCCACCAGGAUCAAAUGGAAUUGGAAGUCCUGGGCCUUCUGGUCCUCCCGGUAAAACAGGUGCAAAGGGUGAAAAAGGUGCCCCAGGUUCACGGGGGAUGCCAGGGGCACAAGGCCAAAAAGGACCACCAGGACCACCUGGACCACCAGGAUAUGGAAAGCCUGGAGCAAAUGGAAAACCAGGGUCAACAGGAGCUCCUGGGCCUAAGGGCUCACGGGGUCAACAAGGUUUGCCAGGAGCACCUGGAAUGCCAGGCAAUGGAAAACCCGGAAGUCAAGGUCCAAAAGGAGAGCGUGGUCCUGCAGGUGCAAAUGGUUACCCUGGAGAACCAGGGAAAAAAGGAGAAAGAGGACAACCUGGAGAUCAAGGACCUGAGGGGCGAACUGGUUCACCAGGACAGCAAGGUCCAAGAGGGUUACCAGGACCUACUGGAGCACCAGGUCCAAGAGGUCAGCCAGGACCAUCUGGUCCACAAGGGUAUCAAGGACCAAAAGGCCAGCCAGGACCAACUGGUCCACCAGGAACACCAGGAUCUCCAGGACAACCAGGCAGCCCAGGCUCACAGGGACAACAAGGCCCACCUGGUCGAAAAGGUGACACAGGUAUGGCUGGAUCGCCUGGUAAAUCAGGUAGUCCAGGUCCUCCAGGACCUGCUGGGCCACCUGGAUAUGCAGGUAAAGAUGGAAUGAGAGGGCCCCCUGGAACAUCUGGUCCACGGGGUCCACCUGGAUCUCAAGGGCCUCCUGGAUACCCUGGAGAAAAGGGAGAUCCAGGUCCUCCCGGGCCUCCUGGAAAUCCAGGUGAAUAUUAUGGAAAAAUAUCAGCUGGCCUACCUGGUUUGCCUGGACAACAAGGCCCACCAGGCCCUCCAGGACGUCCUGGUCUACCAGGCCCUCCGGGAAGAAUGAUUGCACAGUCAGGAAAAUAUGAUGAUGAUGAUGACUCCAGCAUGUCAGAGGAAGUUAGUUCUAUUCCAGCAUUUACAGCUGUGCUGUCUCAUUCGUAUUCAUCAACGAACAAACCAGUGAAAUUUGAUAAAGUAUUAAUUAAUUCAAAUGAUAAUUAUGAUUCAUCAACUGGAAUCUUUACAUGUGAUGUACCUGGAAUCUAUCAAUUUUCUUAUCAUAUACAAGUCAAAGGAGCAAAUGUUUGGGUUGGAUUAUACAAAAAUGGUGAAGCUGUAAUGUACACAUAUGAUGACUAUAAAAAAGGUUAUAUUGAUCAGGCUUCAGGAAGCGCUAUACUACGUCUACAUAAAGAUGAUCAAGUUUAUAUUCAAUUACCUUCAAAAGAUUCCAAUGGGUUAUAUUCAUCAGAUGAUAAAACUUCCUCCUUUUCAGGGUUUCUAAUUGUUCAAUCAUGAUAUACAUUAACUGAAAUGGAUGAUGUAAAUGAAUAUAUUGUGACUGUAUUUUGA